AUGCCUAAUGGGGUUCAAGAUGCUGAUGAUGGAUACCUCUCAUCCCUAGAAAAUCUUGGCCCUAGUAGAGAGGAAGACUCAGCUGAUAGUGAAGAUGAUAGUGUUGGAGCAACAUAUGGUUUAGCUGGUUCACAAGGAAAUUUGAGCCAAGGAGUGGAGAGUCAAAGGACUGGAGAGAAUGGAAAGAGAAUUACUCAAUCUAAACAGAUAAUUAACAAAAAAAAACUCAAUUGCCUCCUCAAGGAUAGCAAAUGUUUGGACAAUUCAUCCAUUGGUGAAGUGAUGACUGAGCUUCAGACCAUUGAAGAAGUUUCAAAUGAUAUUGAGUUGCAUACCAAAUGUUGCCUACUAAUGAUGCACACGCCAGCUAGGGAUAUGUUUGUUGCAAUGCGAGGUGUAGAAGAGAAAAUGUUGCAUUGCCUUAAGGUUGCGGCAAAUAACCCCUAG